UCACUGGUUAUUUAAUAACCUUUGCGAAAGUGUAACUGGAAAAAGCGAAAAUAACAAAGAACAAGUUUUUUUCACAAAAUAUUGAUUAUGUUUACUCGCGUGUUGUUGCAAGCGAGAGCUUACUACUCUCGAUGUUCUCUUUGUUUAGCUCAAAAACCGCUUGCGAUCAGUAAAACUCUCGCAGCGAUGAAGAAAGCAAAUUUUAGCAACAAAGCAUUAACAAUUGAAACCUUGAACCCACUUGUUAAAGAGGUUGAAUACGCUGUUCGCGGACCGAUCGUUAUUCGUGCUGUCGAAAUUGAGAAACAACUUGCAAAGGGCGAUAAAAAACCUUUCAGCGAGGUCCUGAAAGCAAACAUUGGUGAUUGUCAUGCUAUGGGACAGCAGCCAAUCACCUUCAUCAGACAGGUGCUGGCAAUUUGUACGGAUCCGAGUCUGCUUGACAGUCCUCAUUACCCACAGGACGUGAAGGACAGAGUGAGGAAGGUCCUUGAAGCUUGUGGUGGUGGAAGUGUUGGUGCAUAUACUCAUUCAAGUGGUAUUGAGCUUGUUCGACAGGAUUGCGCUAAGUACAUUGAGCGAAGAGAUGGAUACCCUUGCAAUGCCUCUGACAUUUCAUUGACAGGUGGUGCAAGUGAAGGAGUCAAGGAAAUGAUGAAAUGCCUUCAAACCGGAGGAACAGGCAAAGAACGAGCUGGUGUGAUGAUCCCAAUACCACAGUAUCCUCUUUACUCUGCAACCAUCUCAGAACUUGGAGCUCAUCAGAUCAGUUAUUAUUUGGAUGAAGACAAUGGCUGGGCAUUGGAUAUCAAAGAAUUGAAAAGAUCACUUGAAGAGUCAAGAGGCCAUUGUGUGCCAAAACUACUGUGUGUUAUCAACCCUGGCAAUCCCACAGGCCAAGUUCUUAGUUAUGAUAACAUAAAAGCAAUCAUCCAGUUCUGUAAGGAGGAAGGACUCUUCUUAUUUGCCGACGAAGUUUACCAGGACAACAUCUAUGCACAAGGAGCAGAGUUCCAUUCUUUCAAGAAAGUGUUGCGGGAUUUGGGUGAAGAUUACAAUGAUUUUCAACUGGCAUCAUUCCAUUCUUGUUCCAAAGGAUACAUGGGAGAAUGUGGUAUCCGUGGCGGCUAUGUGGAAGUUCUUGGAUUGGAUAAGGAUGUGAAGUACCAGAUAACGAAGCUUGCAUCAGCGAGGUUGUGUUCAACAUCUUUGGGCCAGAUUGUGAUGGAUUGUGUUGCCAAUCCUCCGAAAGAAGGCGAUGAGUCCUAUCCAUUGUUCAUUAAGGAAAAGAACAAUGUACUUGGUGCCUUGAAAGAACGUGCUAGGAUGGUUGCAGAGAUGUUUGACUCAAUUGAUGGUAUCAAGUGUAAUGAAGUUAUGGGGGCAAUGUAUGCCUUCCCUCAAAUCAAUAUACCAAAGAAAGCAAUCGAGAAAGCAAAGGGCCUUGGGCAAGAACCAGAUUUUCUUUAUUGUAUGGAAUUGUUGGAAGAAACUGGAAUUUGUGUUGUUCCUGGCAGUGGUUUUGGUCAGAGAGAAGGAACACACCACUUUAGGAUGACAAUUCUGCCACCAACUGACAAACUGAAACUUCUUCUGGGUCAAUUCAAGGAGUUCCAUGAAAGAUUCCAAGAAAAAUACAAAGAUUAAAAAGUAUAAUAGGAUUAAAAAUAAAUUAUCAUCAACAGUUUUUUAAUUUUAUAGAUAAACUGUAAUUAUAUUUUGCUAAUUUAGGUAUAAUUUAAUUAUA